AGUUUCCUCUUAAAUGAUGUUGCUGAUGACGAAGUAAUGAGACGUAUUGAGAUGUGUCGCUGUUAUAUUUAAUAGCUAAUGGGUUAAAGCCUCUGAACAGUCAACAGUUACUUAUUCCGUUUAUUUAAUACAAUAGAUUAAUUAUGAAAAGAAAACACAAAAAUACAAUUGAUGCUUAUUUUAAUUACAAUAACACCGUAAUUAGCGAAAGUACACAAAAGAUGCGAGUGCUUUGUUAAAGACAUAUAUAUAUAAUUUAUCGUGUGAUGUUUUCGAACGUGGAUGAUUCUCAACAGUUAACUGAUUUAUUUCUGCAAAGACAUUCGUUCUGAGGGAAAAAAAACAUUAGCUAGCAGGUGCUUGCUUAGCUUUGAUGUGUUUACGUAUUUGCUUAAUGUUUUGAUUUUUUUAAAUACUUUCAAAAUUUUUGCUCGAAGUUGUUGGAAAUCAGUUUCUAUGAUCGUAAAUAACAAUAACCUGACGUCCAAUACUCAAUUUUUAUCACUACCUCCACAUUAAAGACAAAUAACAAUUUAACGGAUCGAGCUUUGUUACCGCUGGACUUGUUAAAAAUAACAGCUUAAUCUCUCCAACCGUCUUUUUCCUUUAAAAAAGAAAUAGACCCAUUAAAUAAUGUUGUCAUAGACACACCUUGUUAGACAACUAGUUAUAACUGUAAUGUUUGUGAAGAACGGAAAUCGUUAUUUUACAUUUAUCCUCAAGGUUUACAGUCAUACAGAAAAGGACUAUUUUACUCAUAAUACUUUUACAUUAUCCUGGAAACAACUUGGAAGUUUUAAAAUAUACACACAAAUCAAAGCCCAGCCCUUCAAAGAUUCAUUCUGCUUCUAAUAAACCAAGUAUCAUGGACAGUUAAACAUGCAAAGGCUUUGAAUAUGUUGAUUCUAUCAGUCUUGCUCCUGUUUCUCCCAGUGACUAAUAGCUAUGAUAAAUUAAUUUUGGAACCAAAUGAUCCAUUUGUCUUUGUUGGAGAUUGCAUUACAUUUACUUGUAAACUAAAUUCCACAACUUUGAAUGACACUUCAGCACUGUAUUUUACCAAUUCUUCUCAAAAUGAAACAACAUUCAACAAGACAAGUGCUUCUUUGAAGAAAUGCUACAAUAGUAGUAAAGAGGAAGGCAGCUUUGUGUGUAAAUAUUCAAACGCUCAAGUACAUGCUGGCCAAUGGGUUAAAGUUGAAGAAAAACUUGUACCAAUUCCUAAGGAUUCCAUAAAGUGUAUUGUAUUUGACUGGCAAAUUCUGAAUUGUUCAUGGAGUCUAGGACAGAAAUACAAUUAUAUGGAAAAUGUUGGUGUUGAUUUUUGCUGGUCUUAUAAGAGAGCAAGGAAAUGUACUUCCUUACAAAAAUCACUGACCUCGAUGAAUUUAAGCAGAGAUGAGAUAGUCUUGACCAUAUCACUUCAUUUAGAGUUCAAAGUCCACUACACAUAUAAGGAGACCAAGUAUCAACAAAUAACACAGAUUAAACUGAAUGCAUCAAAACCAACCCAACCAUCACCUGUGAAGAACGUCGAUUUGAAUAUUAAUGACACUUGUGUGACUAUAAGAUGGAAACAUCGCUAUAUCUAUAAGCUAGUCUUUCAUAUUUUCUUAAAAGAAGUGGACUCUAAAAAAUUGUUGAAUUUUUCAGUCGAAGGAAAUAAGUUUGACUUCUGUAAACUCAAUCCUUUUAUGAAAUAUGAACUUAAGAUUUAUGCAUUACCCAAGCGAAACGGUAUAUAUAGUGAACCUUAUGUUAAAUCAUUCAUUUCCAAUAAAAGUGUUCCUCUACACUCACCAAGAAUUACAGAUGGCAGUUUCAAAAGAGAUAUUUCAGAUGUUCAUUUUGUCACAGUAUUCUGGAAGAGCUUAACGAGAAAAGAAUUUGGGGAUGAAAAUGUUGAAUAUCUUAUUCAGAAUAAAAAUUCAAAUAUAACAGCCUUUCGAAACAAAUUGUUACUCAAAUUAUCACUAAACAAUACCAGUUGUGAAAAUAUAAGAAUAUGGGCUAAGAAUUCUAUUGGAUUUUCAAAACCACCAUCAUCUAUACGCAUUUGUGAUAAAUCAAAAGGUUAGCAACAUAUUUCCUAU